GGUGAGCGAGGUUUCCACUAUCAGUCAGCAGGAUGGGUUUGCUUCGAAACGUUAUCUUGCUGGUGGCAUCCGUUAUUGCCAUUGCCACCGGACAACAGCAGGAGACCCAACGGGAGACGUUUAAGCUGUGCGUUCCGCAUCAAAUCAUGGACGCGUGCAAAGCUUUGAUGGCCAAACCGGACGCGACGACGGUGCAGGUUCAGUGUGUUGCCGGUCGGGAUCGAAUGGAAUGCUUGGAGAAGGUGAAUACACGCCAGGCGGAUUUCGUAGCCGUCGAUCCGGAGGAUAUGUACGUGGCUUAUCACAUGGCCAAUCAAGACUUCAGUGUGUUUACCGAGUUUAGGACGGUGGAGGAACCGAAAGCCGAAUUCCGCUACGAGGGAAUAGUUUUGGUCCGGAAGAGUGACAAUUUCAGGAGUAUGGCCGAUCUGAAAGGUAAAAAAUCAUGUCACACCGGGUAUGGUCGAAAUGUUGGUUACAAAAUUCCAAUUACCAAACUCAAGAAGCUGGGUUUGUUCAAGCUGGCUGAUGAUCCGGAACUGUCUCCGUUGGAGAAGGAACUGAAGGGUCUGUCGGAACUGUUUGGCAGCUCGUGUCUGGUUGGAAAGUACUCUCCCAAUGAUGAGGUGAACCGGCUGUUGAAAAAGCGCUACUCAAAUCUGUGUGCACUCUGCGAACGGCCGGACAUUUGUGACUAUCCGGAUAAGUACUCCGGUUACGAUGGAUCCAUUCGUUGUCUGGUGGAAAACAACGGAGACGUUGCGUUUACGAAGGUGAUUUACGUCAACAAGUAUUUUGGUUUACCGGUUGGUGAUGGCCCAGCUAAACCGGCCUUGAAUCCAGCUGCCCGUGCGAAUGAUUUCGUGUAUCUCUGCGAGAACGGGACCACUCGACCCAUCACCGGUCCAGCCUGUUCUUGGGCUCAACGUCCCUGGCAGGCAUACAUGGGCAACGGCGAUAUCAACAGUCGGUUCCAGCGGCUGCAGAAACGGUUGCAACAGUUCUACGAAGAUGCGAAAAAUAGUGCCAAUGCAGCGGAGGCCGCUAAAAUGUGGGUUGAUCGGAAGAAUGUUCUGGUCGAUCGGGAAGUUCCGGUACUGCCGGGAGAUCAUCUGAAUCGGGCACAAUACAAGGACGUGAUCGAACGCGAUGGUCCGUUCGAGUACAAGAUAAAGUUGUGUGUGUCUUCCGAACUGGAACAGGAAAAGUGUGACGUCAUGAGCAGGGCAGCUUCGUCGCGGGAUGUUCGUCCGGAGAUCGCAUGUGUGUUGAAGGGUAAAAAUGGUUGCGUGGACGCGGUCCGGCGAGGCGAGGCUGACGUUGUAGUUCUCAAAGGCGAACAUCAAACCGAACCGAACGUCCACGGCUUGAAGCCGAUACUGUUCGAAAAGUACGACGAUGACGAUGUGAUGGUCGCGAUCGUUGACAAGGAAACCACCCGCGAUCAACUACUGAAGGCACCACUCGAUUUUGACGUUUCGGACCAAAGGGCCGUUUCAGCGGCGCUGUUUCUGAACGACAAACGACAACGAAAGGAUUGCCCGAAUAAGCUAGCUUCUACACCGAACUCACCGAUCAAAAUUAUCUCCGCCCAGGAUCUGACGCGGCUCGGUUCCGACCAGGUUCGACUCGUCUGCCCAAAUCUUCAGCUGGAACCGAUCGCUAAUUUUGCCUCGUGCAACAUCGACUACACUUUGCCGGCCGGAAUCUACGUGCGCAAAACGGUAACCGGACAGAUCGAGGACAACAUUGCGCAUGCUUUCGUCGCUCUGUCCGACAAGUUUGGACACGGUGCCAACGGUGAGGUCGUGUUCGAUAUGUUCGGUGAGUUCAAACCGGGCAGUAAGAACGUUCUAUUUCACGAUCGUGCAGCCCGGUUCGGUGUGGCCGACAACAAGGUCGGAGGAGUGGAACCGGGCAAUUACCGGCGGUUGAUGUGUUUGUAGAAUACUUGACUCGAGCGAACUAUGAUCAUUGCUUUUCUAGAGAACGGAUUACUGGUGUGUGGAUGCCGUUUACAUUCUCAUAUAAAGUAUACGCACAAUAAAAUUUAGCAACAACAAAAAAAUA